UUAGGAUCAUUUUUGAUUUCCCUCUGAAUGGAUAUCCUGGGACGUUGGCUAAUGAUACUAGCUGGGUGUCCAUUCCAAUAUUAUUUAGCCCCUCCUUAAAUGAAACAUGCAUCAAUGUUUCUAAAAGAUUUUAAAGCUCCUAUUUAAAUCGAGAAUUUACAAUUUAAGAAAAAACAUAAAAACUUACUUGAAAAAAAAGAAAUUUUUUUUUUUAUUUCCCUAAUAUUUUCCAAUUAUAAACUACCUUUAAAGAUUUUGUAAAUUUUGUGAAGGAGCCGCCCUUUGUUUCUUACUAAAGAAAAAGAUUUUAUUGUAACAUUUUUAUUUUGUUAUUGAGUUCAUUGCUGACUUGAGGACUGGCCCACCAACGGACAGCAGCAUUCACAAAGCACAUGGAUUCUCCCUUCUAUCCUUCUUAUCCACAAGGCCCCCAGCCAGUGCCACCGGAAAGAUAAUAACCUGCAACAAAAGUCGGUUAUGAGGAGCAGCCAGAAUGACGCAAACGGUGUUGCAGAGCCCAAAAAUCUUGCGUUCCUCUCAAUUCCUUCCCUCUCCACCAAUAGUGCCUCUUCCUCCAAACAUACCCUUUUCACCUCCAUCUCCUCCCCUUGUCAAGCAGCACUGCAAAUUCUCUCGCCGAGAUCUCGCUAUUGGCAGCAAUUCAUUGUUGCUGCUUCUCUUGGGCUCCCAGGCAACACAGCCAUUCCACAAAUCCAAGGCAAAUGCACAGGAAAACCUUGCAACCUCUGAUCAGAAGAGUGGGCAAGGGGAGAGCAUGAAGAGUACUAGUACCAACUGUGGUAGUAGAACUCCUACAAAACGAGCAUUUCUUCAUGUCUCAAUCGACGGGGAGCCUGCUGGGAGAAUUAUCAUUGGGCUUUAUGGAGACGAUGCACCCACUGGGGCUGCUAGGUUUAGUGAUCUCGUCAGUGGAGCUGCUGGGGUCAGUUAUAGAAGAAAAGAGUUCCUUAAAAUCAUGUCAACCUAUGUGCAACAUGGCGGGGUAAGAUCAUAUGGUGUGGAUGCUGAGCUUGCUAGUAAAACAGGAAGCAGUUUGGGAGUUGAAAACCUCAUUGAGGAAUGGGGGAAAGCAAUUGAGAAAUGCCCGAAGACCAAGAACUUGGCAGGAACUGUGAGCAUUAUCGUUAGGGAUCCCUCGAAGCCACCUCCGAAACUAAAGCUGGUUGCCCGUAAAGGCAGGCUGGAGAUUGAUGAAGAGGAAGUCAAGGCAGCCCCUAAUGGAACAGAGUUUGCAAUUGCCACACGAGAUUCACCGGAGCUUGAUGCUUCAGCUCUAGUUGUUGGAAGAGUCUUGGAAGGAAUGGAGGUUGUGGAGAGGAUUGGCCUGGUGAAGACCGUCCAAGAGAACACUGGCUCCCCAUAUUUCAGGGUAGCCAAGCUAAUAGGAGAUAAAAGGGCAGUCGUGGCAGAAAGAGGCUUCAACCGUCCUUACUCGAAGGUCGUUGUCACAAAUUGUGGCUUGAUGGAAUAGCACAGAACACACUUCGUCUUUCCCCUAUUCUUUUGUUUUUGCUACAAGAGGAACAAAUCACAUGCUAUAAUAUUUCUUAAAACCUCAUUACAUUGUUACACAAAAGUGGGCUAUGAAUAUGGAAAACUACAGCGUAACUUUCAA